AUGUUCGAAGACGGAUCAGUAGAUCCAGUGUACCAGGCAAAGGCACGCGUAUUGAACGCGGCGCUGCAGGAGAUCGGGAUGGGGAAGUACCAGUGGUGGCUGUUUGCCGUCGCAGGCUUCGGCUGGUUCGCCGACAGUUGUUGGCCGCUACUCGGAGGACUGAUCCUGAGCCCGGUGGUGAACGAAUUCCAUUUCAAUGGCCCUUUCCUCUCGUUGGCGCAGAAUAUCGGUCUUUUCGCGGGGGCUAUCUUCUGGGGCUUCGGAUGCGACAUCUGGGGUAGAAGAUUGUCCUUCAACAUCACACUCUUUGUCACUGGUGUCUUCGGACUGGCGGCCGGAGGCUCCCCUAACUUCGUCACUCUGGCCUCUCUCCUGGCCGUCUUGGGACUGGGAGUCGGUGGUAAUAUGCCCAUAGAUUCCGCAGUGUUUCUCGACUUCGUUCCCGGCACACACCAGUACCUGCUCACCGUCCUCUCAAUAUGGUGGUCGAUUGGUCAGCUGGUAUCUGCAUUGAUCGCCUGGCCACUGAUCGCCAACUUCUCCUGCCCUCAAGGCUCCACGACUUGCACGCGCGCCGGCAACAUGGGUUGGCGCUACCUGCUCUUCACACUCGGAGGGAUGACCCUCCUUCUCUGGGCGAUCCGCUUCUUCGUCUUCCCGCUCGAAGAGUCUCCGCGUUUCCUCGUCGGACUCGGGCGGGACGCGGAGGCCGUCGCGGUCGUGCAGCGGGUCGCGGCAUUCAACGGUCGUCAGUCCCACAUUACCGUCGACGAGCUGACGCGCGCUGGUGAAGCCGCCGCCGCCUCUGCGCAGGCGAAGAGCAAGGGGAGCAAGAGCAAGCGCCAGGUUUUGAGCAAGAGCUCGGUCUUUACUACUGAGCAUAUCAAGAGCCUGUUCGAGACCCGCAAGCUGGCGUGGUCGACGAGUCUGCUGAUCGCUCUGUGGGGCAUCAUCGGUCUCGCGUCGACGCUGUACAACAGCUUCCUGCCGUUCAUUCUGGCAAGCCGCGGCACGCAGUUCGGCGACGGCUCAUAUUACAUCACCUACCGCAACCAAGUCAUCCUGGCUGUCAUCGGCGUCCCAGGGGCCUUCCUCGCCGGGUGGGCGGUUGAGCAGCCGUACGUUGGGCGCAAGGGCACCCUUGCGGUUGCAUUAUUCAACGACCCCCUGCUGAAUAAAGGGCUCACGGGCGUUUUUCUGUUCGCGACGACCACCGCCAGGAGCUCCGACGCGCUCCUAGGGUGGAACUGCGGGUACGCCUUCUUCAGCAAUAUCAUGUACGGCGUGCUCUACGCCAUCUCCCCUGAGCUCUUCCCCGCCAAGGACCGCGGGACGGGCAACGGGCUGACGGCCACCGCGACGCGCGUCUUCGGCAUCAUGGCUCCCGUCAUCGCGCUGUACGCGAACCUCCAGACGGCCGUCCCGGUGUACGUCUCGGGGGCGCUCAUCAUCGGAAGCGGAGCCCUCGCGCUGCUGCUUCCGUAUGAGCCGAGGGGCAAGGCGUCGAUUUGA